UCAUCAAUCCUCCCCCCUGCCGAGUACGAAGUCACUUUCGAAGUGUGAAUAGAGGAGAGAGUGACGAAAUUGCUUUUUUUUAAUUAUUGUGUCUGAGAAGGCAAUCAACGCUGCUUCAAAAUGGAACAAACAAUACAGCAUGAACGUAUGAAGAUGGGAUGAACACUUUUCAUGGAUAUAAACGAGGAAAAUUGUUCGGGAAGCAGGGAAGAGAACGAAGAUGCAUUCAGUACGGACAGUACCCUGUCUACAACUAAGCAGGCCAAUAUAAAGACGAAAAAGCGAAAGGUUUCAUUUCCUGACGAUGCUCAUAUUGUAUCGAAGUCAGUGGAACCAGAAAAUCCAUGGAAAAAUGUUGGCAAUACAACAUCAAGAGAAGUGAUCAAAGCUUACAUGAAUAUAUGUGCUCAUCUGAAAGUAAAACCCAUUGAUAGGAUCUUGAAACAAUUGAAGGAACAUGAUGUGUUUGAGGAAAGAAUCGACAUGUUAGAUUUAAAAGGCAUCAAAUUAGAUUUGAAAAGCUGUGAAUCUUUGGAGGAAAUUUUCAGGAGGGUUCGAGUACACACAUUGAUUAUUGAAAAUACAAGCCUAGAAGAUGAGGGUGUCAUUGCUAUUAUUGAGAUGAUAGAGUUUUAUCAAUCGGCAUUUCAUCUGUUUGUUGGACAUAAUCCUAAAAUAAAGACAAGAGGAUGGCAAACAUUUUGCCAAAUGAUUCGAAAAUGCAAAUUUAUUGAAUUUGUUGAUCUUCGACAUUGCUGCUUAAAUGAUCCUUGCUCAGCAUUCAUGGCUCGUGCAAUCAAACUGAGUGCAACAUUAAAAGUACUUCAUCUGGAGGGCAACAACCUAUCAGGAAAAUUAUUGCUUAUUUUAUGUGCUGGAAUCAAGUUGAAUGAGUCCAUCAGGGAAUUAUAUUUAGGAGAUAAUUAUCUUGUUCCAUCCGAUGCCAGCACACUCUCAUCUAUGUUGCAACUGAAUAUCACCAUCCAACUCUUGGACCUUAGAAAUAACAUAGUACAGGAUCAAGGAGUCCAAAAUCUUGCUGAUGGUUUGAGCAAGCAACAAUCCAAUGGUUUAAAAACACUUAUUCUUUGGAAUAAUCAGAUAUCUCGUCUUGGAAUGGUACCUUUGGCAAACCUUCUCUCAUUAAACAGCAGCAUCCAAACAUUAAAUAUUGGUCAUAACAGAUUGGGAAAUGAUGGCGUUCGUAACUUACAACUUGGUUUGCUCAAAAACAAAACUCUUUUAAGACUUGGACUCUUGAACACAAAGAUCACUGCAGAAGGAGCUGUGGCUCUUGCAGAGUAUGUGGCUGAUACUAAGUCCUUAUUAAGAUUGGAUCUUCGUGAGAACGAUCUUUUUGUUGGAGGAUUGAUGGCUCUUACUUUAGCUGUUAAAAUCAACGAAAGCAUUGUUAGAAUCGAUCUCGAUAAGGAUUUGAAAAAAGAACAGGGAAUGGAAGAAACGCAGACAUCGCUUCUGGUUGAUAUCUAUCAAUAUCUAGAGAGAAAUAAGAAAUUAGGAAAACAAAAAGAUGGAGUUAGGAGAAACGACACUGUUGAAGAUACGUCAAAGAUCGUGAGUAGUGACGUUAGUAAUCACGUGUCUAUUAUCGUGAAUGAUGACGUGUCAAAUGACUUGAGUAAUGACGUGUCAGAUGGCGUAAGCAAUGGCGUGUCUAUUGUUGUUAGUAAUGACGUGUCGAAUGACAUGAAAAAUGACGUGUCAGAUAUCACGAGUAAUGACUUUUUAAAUAUCGUGAAGAAUGACUUGAGCAACAUCGUUCGUAAUGACUUGUCAAACAAUGUUAGUAAUCACGCGUCAAAUAUCGUAAAUAAUGUGUCAAAUGAUGUAGAAACGAUUGAUGGCAAUGGCUCACGUUUUGUCGUCAGUCAAGUAAAUGAUGAAUGUUAUGAUGUUGAAGGGCGAGAUUUAAUUGCAAGUCAAGCAUAAUAAUUAUCUUUCUAUAGAAGUAACUUCAAAAGAAAUGUAUCAUCGACAUUAUAUGUAUAUAGUUAAAUUUUGAUUGCUUUAAUAUUACAUUAUGCAUGCAUGACAAAUCAAGUUUUUUUUUUAAUGAUAAAAGAGCAUUCGUCAAUAAA